AUUAAUUACAUUUGUGCAAAAAUUAUUUAUAAUUAUAAGAAGUUUGACUUCAAACAUUUAAAAUGGAUAAUGCCAGUGAUUCUGAUGUAGACGAUGUUUUAAAUGAUCUAUUAGCUAUUAAUGAAGAGGAAAAGCAUGAAUCACCGCCUAAAGAAACUUUAAAAGAAUUAGAUUUUAAUUUCUUGGAUAGUACACCUAAACCAGAUAAUGAAAAUAAAUCAGACAAACAAGGUACAAGUCAAAUUUAUGAUGAAACAAUUGAUUCUUCGGACGAUGAGGAUAGACGUUACUUUGAAGAACAGAAAUAUUCUAAUUAUGGACGUGACAUAAAAUCAUUAUUAAAGAAAGAAGGAUCUAAACAUGAUGAAAAUAGACCACGUCAAGAAAGUACAAAAACGUUUGAUUUUAGUGCUGCAAAGAAGAAUACAAAUAUCAGUACAACUACCAAUAACAAUAAAGUUGUAGCAAAAGAUGUUUAUAGUGAUCCAUUUUUUGGAUUAAAAAUUAUUAAUCCCAUAGUAUCUUCUGCAGAACUGAAAACACGAAUGAAUGAUAAAAUACCAGUAACAGUAUCAAGAGUUAAAUACCAUAUUAGUACAGAAAAUCUUGAUAAAGAUUGGGUAAUUGCAGGUGUACUAAUAAGUAAAUCUCCGCCAAAAACUUCUCAAAAAGGAACCACAUAUUGUAUAUGGAAAUUAAGUGAUUUAUCUGAAAACAUGAGCUCUGUGAGUCUUUUCUUGUUUAGUACCGCAUAUAAAACAUUUUGGAAAACCACUGUUGGAACAGUUGUAGGUGUUCUUAAUCCUAACAUUCUAGAAUCUAAAGAUAAUAUAGAUCUAGCUACAUUAUCUGUUGAUAAUCCACAAAAGAUUAUGAUCCUUGGUACAUCCAAAGAUAUGGGAAAAUGUAGAUCAAAGAAAAAUAAUGGAGAACCAUGUAAUUCUAUUGUAAAUAUCAGUCGUUGUGAAUUUUGUUUGUUUCAUAUUAAAAAAGAAUAUAAAAAGUGCUCACUUAGAUCAGAAUUACAAACAUUUAGUAAUACUCAAAAAUUUUCAAUAGAUAUGUUAAAAUUAAAGAAAGAACAACAAAAGAAACCCCUCAAUUGUAAUAUGCCUGAAUUUAAUGCUGUUGUUGCUGUAAAAAGUAAAAAACUACAGGAAAAAGAUGCUAAACGUUUAGCAUUACUAUCAGGAACUUACAAAAGUGAAAAUUCAACAGAGAAUAUGAAAGAUGCAAAUCUGAAAGCAGAAUCAUCAGCACAACAAAUGCAAAAAAAUUUGGAAGAAAUAAAUAAGUCAAGAGGGUGGAAAGCUGCUGUACUGUCUCAAACAUCAAAUAAUUCUGCAUCUUCAUCACCUAUCAUGUCAAAGUUGAAUAGUAGAGGACAAGUAAAUUUAAGUAUGUUAUCUUCCUCAUCACGUCCACGUUUAGGUAUUGGAUGUCAAGGAGGAACAAUAGACCUGUCAGAACCUAUAACUAAAAAACAAAUUAAUUUAGCAAAAAAUAAUGCAAUUAAAUGGGUUCAAAAAAAUGGGAAAAUUAAACCCAAUGAUCCAAACAAAAUACGGCUGAACAAAGAAGAAAAAUUAGAAAUAGGAAAGAAACGUCCAAGGGACUCAGAAGAUAGUGAGAAGCAAGAAACAAAGAAACCAAAUGUAAUAUCGGAUAAAUUUAAAGAAAUGAUGCAAGCUAAGUCUGCUCAUACAGAUCUUAUUGAAAAAUCUGAUGAGCAGGAACAAGAAAAAUAUUUCAACAAAUUAGAAAUGAAGGAGAGAAUGGAAGAAAAAAUGUUGAAUACCUACAAAGUUGCUUGUAAAGCUGUUAAAUGUUUAACCUGUAAAUAUACCUCGUUUUCUGCUUCUGACAUGUGUAAAGAACAGAAACAUCCGCUACGUGUUGUCGAUGGAGUCAAGAGAUUUUUCAAAUGUGGUGAUUGUGGAAAUAGAACUGUAAGUUUAGAUAGAAUACCUUCGCAUAGUUGUAUAAAAUGCAGCAGUUCAAAUUGGUCAAGAGCUGCUAUGAUGGAUGAAAGAAAAACAAAUGUAGCUGUUACCGCAUUAUCUAUACGCGGCGAUGAAGAAACUUAUAUAGGAUCAAUGACUAAAGAUGCCAAUCUUAAUCUUCUAGUACCAGAAAAAGAUGACAAAUAACGUCAUAUAUAUUUAAUAAAUUAAGCUGUAUAAAAUACGUAUACAUAAAGAGUGACAUCUUUUCUACAAUUGUGUAUCUAUCCUUUUAUACUGUAUCUUAUAAAUACAAGUAACUACAUUAGUGUUGUUUUAUUGUCCAUAACACAGUAUCUUUCAGUUGUAUAAAAUAUACAAAUAUAAAAAAAAAAAACUAAUAAUGUAGUUGUUAUAUGUAUAGAACAAUUAUAGGAAUAAUUAAAGAAAUAAAUACAUUCAAUUUAUCUAUUCAAAUAUACAUACUCGUUAGAAAUAUCUAGAUAUAACUAGGUGUAAAAAUGGUAUAAAAUAUGUCCCACUUUAUAAUUCACUUUUAUUAUAUUUAUCCAAUCUUCUUUUUUCAUUGAUAUGAUUUUGAUAAUGUACUAAAUAAAAUAAUUUUUUUCUAUUCAACAGCACCUCGUUGUAUAGACGAAUAUAUUUUACCGAUAAUUUAAAAACUUUCUUUUUUCUAACUUUAUAACUAAAAUUCACGUGUAAAUAUAAAAAGGGAGAGUAUUAACGAAAUUGUAGACGUUAUAAUCGGAACCCGGAAAUAUCUCUCGUUGUUAAACAAUCACAGAGCAAAUAUAAUGAAUACUAUUUCUCUAUUAAUCUAUUUUUAAUUAUACUUCAAUUAUUAUAUUGAUUUUGUAUAUAUUUAAAAUACUUCUAGUUAUGUAUUUUGAAAGUCUAUGGAAAUGUAAAUUAUGUGACAUUUUCGGGUUCUAAUAGCAACUUGUUUGCAUGAGAAACAUAGACUGUAUUUUCCACUUCUUGUUCAUUUUUUUUUCAUAUACUAAUCUACUUAGAUUUUCAUUCAAUUUUGAUAUUAACGAUACGUCAAUUUUUUCCAUUUAUAAAUUUUGAAUAUUUGCGUACGUGGAAAAAGAGAGAUUAGAAAGAAUGAUAAGUUAUUAAGUAACGUCUAAUCUCACUCAAACAGCAUAUUUAAUUAUUUUUCAUUUCAUGAAAUUUAAAAAUGCA